CCGUGACUGGCAUCGACAGUCUGUAACACGUUUCUCUUCCCCUCCGUUCAUGAUCUCCCCCAAUCAUUUUUCGCCUUCCCAUGCCCUGGGCUUGUGUUUUUUUCUCAGACAUCUCGAAGCACACGGUAUAUGGUCUUGUGAGUGAAUUUUUGUGGAGUAUAUGGAGGACGUUAUCGAUGAGCUACCCAUCUCAGGUUUCCGCAAUUCCGCCAUCGAAGUCCUCGAGUGAAAAUCCAUCCGAGAACCCUCGAGGACGUUUCUUUGAACGUUCAUGUCAUGUCAAGGCCAGGCCCUUACAAGUUUUUAAGUUUCCAUCCCUGCCUCGUGCCCGGAGCCGUCGUCUAGCCAAUUGUGACUUCUAGCCGACGUCCUAAUUCGGAUCCUUGAAUUGAAGAUCCUUCCAAAAAUUUUCAGUAUUCAAGAGCGAUGGUCGAACCGGCUCCUCAAUUUACACCCACUUGGACGAACCCCAAAACAUGUACGGUUGGCGGACAAGUUUAAGGUAUGAUCAUGAUCCAGAUCAUAUAAUGGACCAUCUUUCGCCCGCCCCUCUCGACCCGCCCUUCUCCACGCCAAAACCAUCCUGUUGCUCACAAUUUGAAAACUGGGAUUCAAUGCCACUGUACAUGGACUUACAAGAGGAUUACAAGAUUCGGGAUAUGAAUAGAGUGGCUUUGCUCGAAAGAAACUACUGCUCGAGCUUUUUCUGCUGCGACAUCAGGCUUACAGGAUUCCACGAGCUGCUAGAACACAUUGAAGCUGUUCACUUCGUCGUGACGAACGACAAAAACGGAAACAAACGGUACUUGUACGAGCCCGUCGGUGUCUCGAACGCCGGACAACUAUUUUCACCACACCAACACCAAAACCAACACCAGCAGCAACAGGCAGAGGAGAACCAGUGUUUGCCGUUUGAUGCUGGCUGGGAGUACGAGUUGGAUACGAAUCCGUCUGGGUUUUGGGGAUAUCAGAACGAGUCUCAACCCUCGUCGCCGUCACCGUCACCUUCACCUACGAUUUCGUCUCCAUCGCCCUCACCAUCAUCAACAUGUUCUUCAGCCUCCUCAUCUCCAACAACGUCCCCGUUAUUGCUACCGACACGAGCGCCAACAUCGUCCCUUUCAACUGUCGUACCCACGUCACACGAUUCAUCACCAUCGCCAUCACCAUCGUCUCCCGCUGCUUCCAUACCGCUCAUAGCACCUAUCCCAUCAACGCCGAUAAAUUACGAUCUCGUAGUUCGUGAGGGAAAUCACUAUAGUCACGCGUCAAAGAAACCAUCUUCUACCGCUAAGCCACGGUGGAAACACGCCUCAGGUACAGCAACAGCAACGAUUACGGCUGCUGCUGGGACAGGAUUCCGAAAACGAGGACUAAGUGCGGGCGACAGAGAAAAGUUGUAUCGAUGUCCUACGGUUGGAUGUACAAAAUCAUACUUGAAUCCCAAUGGACUCAAAUAUCACCGUGAAAAGGGGAAGUGUAGUUUUGAGGAAGACAGGGUGCCGAGAUAGUCAUCCAAUCCAUCUUUCACUUCUUGACACUCGCAAUUCUGUGUUCCUCUAAUCGGAACCUUCUUGUGCCGCCCCACGCGAUCCACCCCUUCCUCCUUCCUUCCUUCCUUCCUUUCUGUGGUCAGGCGUUCUCUUCAAGGUCUCCGUGGUAUCCGGAGGAAAGACGGAAUUAUGAAGAAUUCCGUUGGUUAUAUUCGUCGUCCGUUUUUUCGCCGGUGGUUCUGUUUCGCUUGUUUGAUAUCCUUAUAUCGGCUAUCCUUUCUCCCCCCUUUCUUUUUUCUGUAGCCACAUACCACACUGUAUCGUUUUUUACUUGAAUGACUUUUUUCUCAUACGGGUUAGUUUCAAUUCUUGUACCAUCACUUUUUUCUCGCGUGCGCCUGCUAUUUCGAACCUUUUUAUGACAGUUUGUGUACCGCGUUUGGGCGCUUUCCCUUUCUUCGUUUUUGCUCCAGAAAAGUAAAAGUACUGUACUUACAAGUUAUUAUGAGUGCGUAGGAGAACUGUACUAGCGAGCAUAGGGUUAGUCCUACGGCCGGAUUUGAAAUUUCCU